AUGUUUGAGAAGUCGCCCAAGGGUCGCGCACGUUCCAAGGUGGUGGAUGCUGGCUAUGGCCAGGUGGCCCUGCACCAGGCGGCCAGCAACCGCUUCGUCAAAAUGAGCAACCAUGAGCCUUGCCUUCAAGAGGGUCCCGACGCCCUGGAGUGUGCAGAAGCAGUUGCUCUGAUUCUGAGGGUCCGCGAGUUGGUGAGGUUGCGGCCGUUUGAGGGCGAGUGUGUGAGAUGUCACGGCCGUGUUGCUCUGCACAACUCCAUCAAGAAUCGCUUCGUGUCAAUGUGUCACCACGGCGACGGAUGCCGGAGUCCCCAUAGAGAUCCGGAUGCACUGCCUGGUGGGUGGACUUGGCAAAUGUUCCACGUACUGGAGAUCAAGCCUUGUCACACCGGCGGUGGCGGCCAUUGCAAAACCUGCCAAAACCCUUGGCACCGGCACGUGGACAACCACUGCGCGUCGUGCAAUCCUGGCUACUACCGGCACGGCCACCACUGCCACGCCUAUGGCUGCACGGGUGGACGGGAUCGCAUCUGCGGCUCCUGCGUGGCCCAGCAUCACCGCCGGCAACACGACCACUGCGGGAGUUGCAACGGUGGUCACUCUCUGCGCGGCAGGCGCUGCCAGUCGAAGCUGCUGGGUGCCACGGUGGGCCUGCACCAACCCAAUCACAACCGCUUUGUGAACAUGUGGGGACACGACUUGGUUUGGACCGGACACAGGAACUGGGAUUCGCUCCCAUCAGGCUGGACUUCGACUUUCUUCCGCGUCCACUUCGCAGGUGAUGCCAAAAUCGGCUUGCACAACCCGCGCGAGAACAGAUGGAUUCGGCUGAGAAACAACAACGACAUGGACGGCGCCCCCGCGAGGCAUAGCUGGGAGACCUUCACUGCCGUGGAUGCCGGUUCUGGCAAGGUGGCCCUUCACUGCCGGGCCCACAACAAGUACAUGCGGAUGCCGAACCGACACCACAUGGACACAAGUCCUCAUCGCAAUGCCUGGGACCUGCCUUGGAACUGGGGCUGGGAGCGCUUCCGGCCGAUGUCCGCCCUGCUCCGGCACGGCACGGUGGUGGCACUCUGGAACGAGCCUCACCAUCGCUUCAUGCGCAUGAACGCGCACAAUGGCCACAUGGACGGAUCGCCCAGUAAGCACCUUCACCACUUCCCCAGUGGUUGGAGCUGGGAGCCCUUCCGGGUGGUGGAUGCUGGCUACGGCCAGGUGGCCUUGCACAAUGCGGCCAACAACCGCUUCGUCAAAAUGGGCCACGACAUGAUUCGCUCACCAGGCCGCAACUGGAACGACCUGCCAGGCGGCUGGGGAGCGGAGCGCUUUACUGUCGUGGACGCAGGCCACGGCCGCGUUGCUCUGCACCACGCGGACCACAAUCGCUUCGUGUCCAUGUGCCAUCACGGCGACGGCUGCUUGAGUCCCCACAAGGCCCCGGAUCACCUGCCCGGUGGAUGGACCUGGCAGAUGCCUCAGAGAGACUGGGUGGAGGAAGGUGGAGCGAAGUGGAGCGAAGUGGAGUGGGGGAGGGGCAGGGGGAGACAGGGGGAAGAGGAAGAGGAGGAGGAGGAGGAGGUGGAGGAGGCGGAGGAGGUGGAGGAGCCCCAAACGUCCCUCCGGCAGAUGUUCCACGUGCUCGAGGCCUGCGACGUGUGGCGAGAUGUAAGGCGCGCGCGUUGCCAGCUGCAGACCCACUCCCCAUUCUUCAAUAUGCGGCGUUGGCAAGCCAAGGUUCACAACCACUGCGCCACGUGCAACCCCGGCUACUACAUGCAUGGCCACCACUGCAAGGCGGAGCCACUGCUCGACAAGAGGAUGCCUCAAACAAGGCACCCAGAGCACCCCAGAAACAGCCAAGAUGUUCUCGCAUCCUCGCCCUGUCAGUCUCGGCUGCUGGGCGCCACGGUGGGUCUCCACCAAGGGAACCACAACCGCUUCGUGAAUAUGCCGCUCGGGCUCGCGAAAGACCCUGAGGACUUGUCGUGUUGGAGUAAAGAUUGCUCUUCAGCGUUCGCCGGUAGCCCAUGUGAUCGCGGCCGAGGAUCAGCUUCCCUCUGGCUGGUCGUCGACCUUCUUCCGCGUCCACUUCGCGGGUCUUCAUCCCGGGGCAGUUUGAUGUGCGAGGGAUUGGACAUGUCUGAGAAGCCAUCGGAGUCUUUCAAUGCAAGCUUCGUUCAGGAUUCUAGGAUCUCAGUUCCUGCUUUGCAAGUGUGUCCGGUGUUUGCAUUGCACAUGGGAGGGGGCAUGAGGGGGCCCUUCACCCGCUGCUUGGGCAGAGGGAGCACCGCCACAGCCUACCUCCUGGCUGCGGGCAUCCAGCUGUGUGGCCUCACGGUUGCCAGCCGCUACGACAGCGCUCCCCGCGAAGCAGACCUACCGCCCUCUUCACUGUUGGCUCAGCGCCUUCCCAGGCACCAGCCUCGUUAUUGUCAGCACUUCUGGCCGUUGCAGUCUUCCAAAAUUGACGACAGUUACGAGAUGGACAUGGACGGCGCGGGUGCGCGACACUCAUGGGAAACCUUCACAGCAGUGGAUGCCGGCGGAGGGAAGGUGGCCCUUCACUGCCGUGCCCACAACAAGUACAUGCGGAUGCCGAAUGGACACCACAUGGACACGAGCCCCCAUCGCAAUGCUUGGGAUCUGCCUGGGAACUGGGGCUGGGAGCGCUUCCGGCCCGUCUCAGCCCUGCUCCGGCCUGGCACCACCGUGGCCCUGUGGAAUGACAUCCACAAGCGCUACAUGCGCAUGAACGGGCACCACGACAAGAUGGACGGCUCGCCGAAGUUGAACAACAUGAACGACUUUCCAGCGGGCUGGAGCUGGGAGCCGUUCCGGGUGGUGGACGCCGGCUACGGCCAGGUGGCCUUGCACAACGCGGCCAGCAACCGCUUCAUCAAAAUGCCGAGCGGCUGGGGCGCGGAGAAAUACACGGUUGUGGACGCAGGCCAUGGCCGCAUUGCACUGCACCACGCGGAGCACAACCGUUCCCUGGAUGCACCCGAUUCCGAGGGCAAGAGAGAAGCAAGUGAUCAGAUCCAGCUCUGCGAGAAUGGAAAAGGGACCGUAAACGUGUCGGACAUCAAAGUCCACACUGGAGUUAUAGGAUCCUUCACUGCGGACGUCAUGGACACGGAAGAACGGAGAACCGGCCGGGUACGCUCGAAAGUUGCGAACUUGGCCGUGCUACGCCCUGCCGCCGCCAGUUCGCUGGGGCCGCUUCAAGGCGCCCUGAAGUCUCCCUGGUACAGAGCUGAGAGCCUGCCGCCAGGCUCCGGACCACCUGCCCGGUGGCUGGACUUGGCCAGGCAGAUGUUCCACGUGCUGGAGGCCCGAGACAUGGCGCAAAGGGAUGCGCCAGUGGGGACAUGGCGCAAGACACCCGAUGCAAAGAGUCUCCGGAUCGUUCAGGUUCAUGAUCUUACUCUUUCCCAUCCUCUGAUUGCUUCCAUCGGCAGGAUGCGAAGCCAGAUUCAGGCGAAGGUUGCUUUUCGAGUAAAGUCUGAAAUUGGCGCGCUUCUGGGAGAUCAUGCCUUGCGGCACCGGCGGCGGCGGCAGCUGCAAAACGUUCACAACCACUGCGCCACGUGCAACCCCGGCUACUACAUGCAUGGCCACCACUGCAAGGCCUACAGCUGCACGGGCGGACGGGACCGCAUCUGCCACGCCUGCGUUGCCCAGCACGACCGCAGGCAAAACGACCACUGCGGAAGCUGCGACGGUGGCCACGUCAUGCGCGGAAGGCGCUGCCAGUCUCGGCUGCUGGGGGCCACGGUGGCUCUCCACCAAGCGAACCACGGCCGCUUCGUGAAUAUGCCGCUCGGGCUCGCGAAAGACGCUGAGGACUUGCGAAAGACGCUGAGGACUUGCCGUGUCGCUCCUGCAGGUUUCGCAGAUUUUGCGCAUGGUGAGCUUGCCUGUGCCCCUGAGGAUCAGCUUCCCUCUGGCUGGUCGUCGACCUUCUUCCGCGUCCACUUCGCGGGUGAUGCCAAGAUCGGGUUGCACAACCCGCGAGAAAACCGAUGGAUCCGGCUGCGAAACAACAACGACAUGGACGGGGCGCCCGCACGGAACUCCUGGGAGACCUUCACUGCGGUGGAUGCUGGGCACGGGCAGGUGGCCCUCCACUGCCGUGCCCACAACAAGUACAUGCGGAUGCCGAAUGGACACCACAUGGACACCAGCCCUGCUCGCAAUGCCUGGGAUCUGCCUUCCAACUGGGGCUGGGAGCGCUUCCGGCCCGUCUCUGCCCUGCUCCGGCCUGGCACCACCGUGGCGCUGUGGAACGACAUCCACAAGCGCUACAUGCGCAUGAACGGGCACCACGACAAGAUGGACGGCUCGCCGAAGUUGAACAACAUGAACGAGUAUCCAUCGGGCUGGAGCUGGGAGCCGUUCCGGGUGGUGGACGCCGGCUACGGCCAGGUGGCCUUGCACAACGCGGCCAGCAACCGCUUCAUCAAAAUGAGCAGCAAAAUGCAUCGCUCGCCGACGAAGAACUGGAAUCAGCUGCCGACCGGCUGGGGCGCGGAGAAAUACACGGUUGUGGACGCAGGCCAUGGCCGCAUUGCCCUGCACCACGCGGACCACAACCGCUUCGUGUCCAUGUGCCAUCACGGCGCCAGUUGCCUUAGCCCCCACAAGGCUCCGGACCAGCUGCCCGGCGGCUGGACAUGGCAGAUGUUCCACGUGCUGGAGAUCAUGCCUUGCAGCACCGGCGGGGGCGCCAGCUGCAAGACCUGCCAAAACCCAGCAAACCGGAAGGUUCACAACCACUGCGCCACGUGCAACAACGGCUACUACCUGCAUGGAAAGCACUGCAAGGCCUACAGCUGCACGAGCGGACGGGACCGCAUCUGCAAAUCCUGCGUUGCCCAGCACGACCGCAGGCAAAACGACCACUGCGGAAGCUGCGACGGUGGCCACGUCAUGCGCGGGAGGCGCUGCCAGUCCCGGCUGCUGGGCGCCACGGUGGCUCUCCACCAAGAGAAUCACGGCCGCUUCGUGAAUAUGUGGGGGCAUGACAUGGUCUGGACCUCCAAGAAGAACUCGGAUCAGCUUCCCUCUGGCUGGUCGUCGACCUUCUUCCGCGUCCACUUUGCGGGUGACGCCAAGAUUGGGCUGCACAACCCACGAGAGAACAAGUGGAUCCGGCUGAGAGACAACAACGACAUGGACGGCGCGGGUGCGCGGCACUCAUGGGAAACCUUCACAGCAGUGGAUGCCGGUUCUGGGAAGGUGGCCCUCCACUGCCGUGCCCACAACAAGUACAUGCGGAUGCCGAAUGGACACCACAUGGACACCAGCCCUGCCCGCAAUGCCUGGGAUCUGCCUUCCAACUGGGGCUGGGAGCGCUUCCGGCCCGUCUCAGCCUUGCUCCGGCCUGGCACCACCGUGGCGCUGUGGAAUGACAUCCACAAGCGCUUCAUGCGCAUGAACGGGCACCACGACAAGAUGGACGGCUCACCGAAGUUGAACAACAUGAACGAGUACCCAUCGCGUUGGAGCUGGGAGCCGUUCCGGGUGGUGGACGCCGGCUACGGCCAGGUGGCCUUGCACAACGCGGCCAGCAACCGCUUCAUCAAAAUGAGCAGCAAAAUGCAUCGCUCGCCGACGAAGAACUGGAAUCAGCUGCCGACCGGCUGGGGCGCGGAGAAAUACACGGUUGUGGACGCAGGCCAUGGCCGCAUUGCCCUGCACCACGCGGACCACAACCGCUUCGUCUCCAUGUGCAAAAAUGGCGACAGUUGCCUUAGUCCCCACAAGGCUCCGGACCACCUGCCCGGUGACUGGACUUGGCAGAUGUUCCACGUGCUGGAGAUCACGCCUUGCAGCACUGGCGGCGGCGGCAGCUGCAAGACCUGCCAAAACCCUGCAAACCGGAAGGUUCACAACCACUGUGCCACGUGCAACAACGGCUACUACUUGCACGGGAACCACUGCAAGGCCUACAGCUGCACGACCGGACGGAACCGUCUCUGCAAAUCCUGCGUUGCCCAGGGCGACCGCAGGCAAAACGACCACUGCGGGAGCUGCGACGGGGGCCUCGUCCUGCGCGGGAAGCGCUGCCAGUCCCUGCUGCUGGGGGCCACCGUGGCUUUCCACCAAGCGAAUCACGGCCGCUUCGUGAAGAUGCGUGGGAACAAUUUAGAGUGGACUGGGAAGAAGAGUUCUGAUGGUCUCCCUGCAGACUGGGCUUCGACCUUCUUCCGCGUUCACUUCGCAGGUGACGCCAAGAUUGGGCUGCACAACCCGCGAGCAAACAAAUGGAUCCGGCUGCGAGACAACAAGGACAUGGACGGUGCGGACCACAGGAAGUCAUGGGAGACCUUCACCACGGUGGAUGCCGGCUCGGGGAAGGUGGCCCUCCACUGUGCGGCCCACAACAAGUACAUGCGGAUGCCGAAUGCCGCCAACAUGGACACCAGCCCUGCCCGCAAUGCUUGGGAUCUGCCUUCAAAUUGGGGCUGGGAGCGCUUCCGGCCCGUCUCAGCUCUGCUGCGACCGGGAACCACGGUGGCGCUGUGGAAUGCCAUCCACAAGCGCUACAUGCGCAUGAACGGGCACCACGACAUCAUGGAUGGCUCGCCAAAGCUCAACGAUUGGAAGGAGUAUCCAUCCCGCUGGUCCUGGGAGCCCUUCCGGGUAGUGGACGCAGGCUACGGUCAGGUGGCUUUGCACAACGCGGCCAGCAACCGUUUCAUCAAAAUGGGCGGCGACAUGAUUCGUUCGCCGACGAAGAACGUGAACGACCUGCCCGGUGGUUGGGGUGCUGAGCGCUUCACGGUCGUGGAUGCAGGUGGCGGCCGUGUGGCCUUGCACCACGCAGUGCACAACCGCUUUGUGAGCAUGUGCGAUAACGGCGAUGGGUGCGUCAGUCCCCACAAGGCCCCAGAUCAUCUGCCAGAUACAUGGACUUGGCAGAUGUUCCAUGUUCUGGAGAUCAAGCCAUGCAGCACCGGUGGUGGCAGCAACUGCAAGACUUGCAAGGACCCACAUUACCGGGAGGUCACAAACCAUUGCGCCUCUUGCAAUGCGGGCCACUUCAUGGAUGGCAAGCGCUGCAAGGAACAGGUGUACAAGUGCGAAACUGGCUCCGGCGGCAAGUGCAAGACCUGCAAGGUGCCAGGCCAGCGCCAGGCAGAGAACCAUUGUGCCAGCUGCAACGCCGGAUGGGAGCUGAAAGACAAGACUUGCAAGGCGGUUGCUUGUCCGGCGAACUCAGCCGGCACGAACGUUGGAGCUGGAUGCAGCUGCAACGCAGGCUAUUCUGGAACCAUCGCAGCCGCGUCGUCGUCGCCAUUCUACUCAGGUUCUUGCAGUGCGGUGGCCUGUCCGUACGGCUCAGCCGGUACGAACGUUCCUUCUGGAUGCAGCUGUUUCAGCGGCUACGAGGGCGCCGUGACAGCCACAACAGGCUCGCCUUUCUACACAUACAACUGCAAGUCUCUGCUCGUCGGCGCCACGAUUGCCCUGCAUGGUACAAGCCACAAUCGCUUUGUGCGAAUGAAUGGCGAGAACAUGGAUCGGACGGCAGCGAAGGCCAGCGACAAGUUGCCGUCCACUUGGGACACAACUUUCUUCCGCAUUGUGGAUGCUGGUGCAGGCAAGAUUGGCCUCUACAACCCGAAGAAUAAGAAGUACAUCCGAAUGAACAAGGAGGACAUGGACGCCGUAGGUUGGCGAAGAUCUUGGGAGAGCUUCUCCGUGGUGGAUGCGGGCAAGGGCGAGGUUGCUUUGCACAGCGAGACCUUCAAUCGCUUCAUCCGCAUGCGAGACAGCGCCAAUAUGGACGCAAGUGGCAAGUCCAAGUCCCUCCCUUCGGGCUGGACCUGGGAGCGCUUCAAGGUGGUCCAGGUCCUCCUCAAGCCGGGCAGCGAGAUUGCCUUGCACAACUCCAUCUUCAAUCGUUUCAUGCGAAUGCAUGGCGAUGCCAACAAGAUGGACUCAUCGGCCGAGAAGAACAUCAACGCUCUGCCAGACGGGUGGACCUGGGAGCGCUUCAAGGUGGUCGACGCUGGCUUCGGACAGGUCGCGCUCCACAGCGCCAUCCACAACCGCUUCGUGCGGAUGUGGAAGAGCGACAUGGACCGCAGUGGGCAGAAGGAUGCCUCGGCUUUGCCAACCGGCUGGUGGGCGGAGCGCUUCACAGUCGUGGACUGCGGUGGCGGCAAGGCUGGGACGCGAGAAUUUUGA